CACGAGGAGCGCAGGCACCGCUGGUUGUGUGUCAGAGGGCCGCAGCGCGCUGCAGAUGAAGCAUGGCAGGCGACAGCGAGACAAAGCCAGGUGACCAAGCCGAAAAUGAGACCGUUAACCGGCAGCCUUUCCUCAUCGGUGUGGCCGGAGGCACAGCCAGCGGCAAGUCGUCGGUGUGCGGCAAGAUCAUGGAGCUGCUGGGCCAGAACGAGAUCGACCACCACCAGCGGCAAGUGGCCAUCCUCAGCCAAGACAGCUUCUACAGGGUCCUCACCCCAGAGCAGAAGGCCAAGGCACUCAAGGGCCAGUUCAACUUUGACCACCCAGAUGCUUUCGACAACGAUCUCAUAAUCGCGACUCUGUGGGACAUCAAGGAGGGAAAAACCGUCCACAUCCCUGUUUAUGACUUUGUUUCCCAUUCCAGGAAGGAAGAGACAGUGACGGUGUACCCUGCUGACGUGGUGCUGUUCGAGGGCAUCCUGAUGUUUUACUCUCAGGAGAUCAGGGACCUUUUUCAGAUGAAGCUGUUUGUGGACACUGACGCAGACACACGUCUGUCUCGAAGAGUGCUGCGGGAUAUAAGUGACCGUGGACGGGACCUGGAAAGCGUUCUAGCACAGUACAUCAUGUUUGUCAAGCCUGCGUUUGAGGAGUUCUGCCUGCCAACGAAGAAAUAUGCUGAUGUGAUCAUACCGAGAGGAGUUGACAAUCUCGUUGCCAUCAAUCUCAUAGUUCAGCACAUCCAGGACAUCUUAAACGGCGGUUUGACCAAACGGCUGAACGGGUGGUUUAACGGCUGCGCAACUGCAAAGAAGCAGCCAAACAUGGAGUCAAGCAGUCGGCCCCACUGAGCGCAGUACUCCCCGGAGACGAAAGACGGUUCACCUGUACGUGCCGAACGGGCUCUGCGCUGUGGCUAACAAAGCAAGAGUAAAGACAGGAAAUCAAAAGGCCUCUUUUUGAUAUGAUUCUGUUUGGACUGAAGGGGAACCAUCCGUUUGUGGAUCUGGUUUAAAGGUUGUGUUCAGUUAUAUUUUCCUCUGUAGCUUGUGUACUGUAUGAGAUGGAAGAGGGAGAAAAACAAAGGGGCUAACUUGUAAUUUAAUUUCAAACUGAUGCUUGCCUUUACCACCGCACUGAAGCUAACUACAGAAGCAGUUAUGGUGUCUAAAACACACUUGAUAGCCUUUAACCAUACAAUAAACGCAGUGUAGCAACGCGCUGUUCAAUGGCAGGGCCUUACCCAAACUCACUACCGUUAAAGGUGACUAAUUCCCUUUAUCAAUGCAACUUCUUUUCUUUCCAGGCUCAGUGUAAAGCAUUUUUUGACUUGUAUGAAUAGAUUUUCAAAACGAUGUACUAAUGGAUCAAGACUUUGGAUGUUUGCGUCAUGUCGCCCCGAGCUGCACUUGCUUUGUCUUGUCUAAACCUAAACUGAAUCAGUCAAAUUAAAACAACCGAUUCCCACCUCAAACCAUUAGAUGUACGACAUCACCAAAGAUCACUUUCUGUAAUGUCUUUGUGGACUAAUUGUGUUAGAAUUUUUAUUUCAGUGUGACACUGACGUUACUUUAACUAAUUCAUUCAGAUGUUGCUAAGAGAAAGAACUGUUUAUGUUGCUCUAGAUUACCACAAAGUAUUGAUUUCCUUUGAGUCCCAUGAACUUGAAUCCUCAGAUGUUUGCAGGUUUCAUUUCAAAGACACGCUGAUAACAGUGUUACUGAAUGCAUUGAGCUGUAAAAUGUCAUUAAGUACAAGAAACCCAAUGUAAAUGUGUUCUGUAAAUGUUCUUCCCGUGUACAUUUUUCUCAUGAUAAAGUUCUCAGGUACUCUUUAUUUGCUUGACACAUCUGUCACAUCCAGGUCCUUGUAUUUGAUUUAAAUAUAUACGUUUGUUUUUUAAGACAUUUUCUGUUUCUGUUUGACUCAAAGAUCUGCAUAUUGAGAGAAUAAUGCCAUGUGCUUGGUGCCAUAUUGAAGAAAAGGUUCAAGGUUCAUUCAUUAUUCCAAGUCCAAGGUGGUUAGCUCCACUGCUAACCUGUAGCCACACCUGAUAAACAGCCUAAAUUUGCAUGUGUCCUUCAUUAGCAGUGAAAGCAGUUACAAACUCAGUGUAUAGCUCCUUUAAGUUAUCGUAUUGUGUUGAUAAUGGAUUUUUUUUUUUUAAUUAAUUUUUUUUUGUUCUGACUCUGAAUUACAAGUUAAAGGCUGCUUCAGCGUUUUUUUCUCACUGCGGUUGAAGUAAUAUAAAGUGAAUGCAGCCUAUGAUGAGUCAAAAUGUCCGCUAUGGGAAAAGCUUAUCUCAUAUUCCUUAUGUAAAUCCAUUUAUUUAAAUGGAUUAUUUAUUUUUUGCAAUUUUUGUGAAAAUAAAAAUACAUAAAUGUUUAAUUUUAUUCCUGGCAGUGUAGCAAAGCAACAUUUAGACCUUUAUGUUGAGAAAAAGCAAUUACAGAAAAUCAAAUGUAAAUUAUAUGUGAAAAUCUAAAUAUUAAGAAAAAGACCUUGAGAGAUCUUUUAAUGGAAUUUAAAUCAGUUAUACAUAUAUUGAUGAAUAUGUCUGCCUAUGAAAUAAAUAUGGCAAGGAAAUAAAUCCUGAAAUAAAUAAACGAGGCAAUAAAUACAUAAAUG